UUUUUGCAGAUUGGGCCGCUGGGCGUUGGGCUGGAUGCUGGCCUGCUGGAGCUGCUGGGCGUUGGGCUGGGCAGUGGCCUGCUGCGGGUUGUGGGCCUGCUGUUUUGGGCUUUUGCUGCUGGAUCAGCCCGCUGAUUCUGCAAUAGUCUGCUGCUGCUGUUUUUUAUUCUUUAUUAUUUUUUUCUUUUUCUUCUAUUUUUUCUUUUUCUUUCUUUUUCUUUUUUUCUUUCUAUUUUCUUUCUUCCCCUUCUUCUUCCUCUCUCGAACCCUAGCCCGCCUCCGCUUGUGCCGCCGUUACGAUCCCCGCUUGGUGGUGCGACGAUGGUCGGUAUCUCCUCUCUUCUUUUCUCUUUUCUUUCUCUCCUUUCCUUUUUCCUUUCUCUCUUUCUUUCUCCCCUCUUCCUUUUCUAUUUUGACGACCCCAAAGUGGAAGGCACCGCCGCCGUGCUCAUCUUCGGCUCCUCUCCGCACUUGGUGGCUGACGACUCAAAGGUGGCAGCGGAGAAGGGAGGCAAUGCAUUGGGGGUGCCAGGCGUGGCGAGCGGGGCACACCUGACUGCUGAUUGGGGACGGUCUUGUCAUGCCCAGAAGGACCAAAAUGCAAAGGGUGCAAAAUUUCUGGGGAAAAUGUAAUUUUAAGAAAAUACGGGUCCAAAAUGUAAUUUUUAGAAAGUUUAGGGGUUGAAAUGUAAUUUAUAUUUUUUGUA